UGCGCAUUACGUCGUUGCCUUUCCUCUGUCGAAAAAGUUUUGCAAACUGACCAAAAGUCUACAACUUGUCAACCCCUAAGGUUUUUCUACCAGUUAAAUGUAGGAUAAACGCAACAGGAUGAAGCAAUCGCGGUAAUGUCGUCACAAUGUUUAUUCAUCUACAGGAAGGAUUGUAGGACAUUAUAGAUCAUUGCAAAACAUCUGGGCCAUGUUGCGCCAGAGUGGGGUAUGCAAGCGAGCCGCUAUUGUUCUCCUACUUCAUUUGUCACUCCUGGGACUGCACUGACAACACGACACGGUUUGGUGGAUUUUUUUAAUAUUGACUUAUUAAUAUAUGUGUGUUAUCGCUACUGAGCAAAUCUGAGCAGAAACCAUGAAGAAGAUUUUGUGUAUGGAGAAGAAUUGGAGUGUGGCAGUCACAGCACUUCUGCUGCUCGGGUUCAUUCCGUCUUUCAGAGCAGAUACUGCUCCAUCUUGUCAUGGAGCUUACGACCUCUACUUCGUGUUGGACAGGUCGGGAAGUGUCUCGACUGAUUGGGUCCAGAUCUAUGAGUUUGUGAGAAAUCUUGUAGAACGAUUUGUGAGCCCCAAUAUGAAGGUUUCAUUUAUUGUUUUCUCAUCAAGUGCAGAAGUUAUUUUGCCUAUCACUGGAGACAGAACAAUGAUAGAGGAAGGCUUACAGAAACUGAGUAAAGUUACACCUGCAGGUGAGACGUACAUGCAUGAAGGAAUUAAAAAGGCAACUGAGCAGAUGAAAGGACAAACCAAAAAGUCAUCAAGCAUCAUAGUUGCUUUGACAGAUGGGAAGCUUGCUGUAUAUGUCCAUGAACUUACUGUAAAAGAGGCAGAUGUAGCAAGGCAGUACGGAGCUCGUGUAUAUUGUGUUGGUGUUAAGGACUAUGACAAAGAUCAGCUGUCUGACGUGGCUGAUAGUGUAAAUCAAGUCUUUCCAGUGAAAGAUGGAUUUAAGGCUCUCAAAGGAAUUGUUAAUUCGAUCCUAAAGCAGUCAUGCACGGAGAUCUUAACAGUGGAGCCGUCCAGUGUCUGUGUGAACCAGUCUUUUGACAUGGUCCUCCGGGGGAAUGGAUUUAUGCAGGGCAGAGUCCAGGAUGGGGUCCUUUGCAGCUUUCUGGUGGAUGGUCAAACUUACAAUGAGAAAUCAACCACAGUGCGAGAUGACUAUGUACUGUGUCCUGCGCCAAUGCUUCAGUAUGCUGGACAAAAAAUGGAAGUUCUCAUCAGCUUUAAUGGGGGAAAGUCCUUCGUUACAAGUCCCUUAACCAUCACUGCUUCGACUUGCUCGGAUGGAACCAUUGUGGCCAUUAUAAUCCUGGUGCUGUUGAUCCUUGUUGCUUUGGCUCUGAUGUGGUGGUUCUGGCCUCUCUGCUGCACCAUGGUUAUCAAAGACCCACCUCCUCAAAAUCCUCCUCCUCCACCACCUCUUCCAGAGGAAAGUCCACUUCCCAAGAAGAAAUGGCCAACUGUGGAUGCUUCCUAUUAUGGAGGCAGAGGAGCAGGGGGAAUCAAACGCAUGGAGGUUCGCUGGGGGGAGAAGGGCUCGACAGAGGAGGGGGCGAGAUUGGAGAAAGCCAAGAACGCAGUGGUUUCAGUACCAGAAGAUGUGGAACAGCCGAUGACCAAAAAAUCUAAACCAUCUGCACCUGCCUAUCAUCAGUCUGAAACUAAAUGGUACACUCCAAUCAAGGGUCGCCUGGAUGCACUAUGGGCAUUACUGCGGAGACAGUACGACCGAGUUUCCCUCAUGAGACCCACUACUGCAGAUAAGGGUCGCUGCAUGAAUUUCAGUCGAGUCCCUCAUCAAUAGGCAGACUUCACCAAAAUGUAUGGAUUGAUCAGAGGAAAAACAAAUACUGGUGUUUUUUUUGGAGACAAGAUCCUUAUAUUUUGUUUUGGGUUAAUCAUUUUUUUUUUAAUUGAAUUGGCCAUUUCAUUGCAUUUAUAAUGGUUUCCCUUUCUAACGGUUGAAAUUGUGAUUUUUCCCAAUGGUUUGAACUUUCUGAUUACUUAAAUACAACUAUCCGAGCCAGAUUUAGAUACUAUUUUUAUCCUCACUAAGGUCUUAACAUAUUCUGACCAUAUUGUGCCUUAUGUGGAGCAAAAGGGAAAAAUAAGCAAAUUUUAAGGACACAGACAGAGAGGACUUUAGAGGGGAAAAUAAAAAGAGGAAGUCUGUUUGCCGUUGGAGUCAGUAAUCCCGGUAGGCUUGCAGAGUGCCGAAAGUCCAGCGCCUCUUGGCAGUGUCUCACCACAAAGCCUCUGUAGUAUUGCACAGUGCCUAGCGGGACCUCUCUGAAUGCAGAUCCUGUCAUUUUAACACUGAGAAGUGCACACGCAUGACAAACUGUAGACAGAACGCCCUAAGGUCCUGGAUGCGCUAGGACUUUGCCCUUUAGUUUUGAGGAGACACCUUUCUAUCAUUGUGCACUCGGGAACAAAGAAAUUAAAAGAGACAUCACAUGACUAAAGCUUAUGGGACACAUAAAGAGCUCUGUGCUUUUUUUUAUGAGUAAUACAUUCACUUUAAAGAUGUACAAAUGCACCUUUACUUAAUAUAUAUAAAUAUAGAUAAAGUAAUCUGUAGCCACUGCAGAUCAUUGAAAUCUCUCCCUUCAGUGUAUCAAACUUAAUUAAAAUAAUUAAAAGCAAGAGCAAGCAGCAGCCUGCGAAGCAUGUGCCUUUAUGCCUUUUGACACUGAAUGACCCGUUACUCAAUCCGCAUCAAUUGGAAUUAAGACACCUCAUGCAAAAUGCAAAAGUGCGAAUUGUGAAAGGGUGUCAGACAAACGAGUAUUGUUCAUUUCCAGAAUCAUCAUCAUAAUUAUCAUCUCACACACACCACGCAAGCAAUAUAUAUUAUUUGUGCGUUCGUCCGACGCGCUGUCACGUCGCCAUUCAGGAAAUGAUGCCAGUGCAGAUAGAAAUGCCAUCGGCAGGGAAAGAGGGCAGCAGCUGAGGGGAAAAAAAAGGCUCGAACGAUCCAGUCACUUUGGAUGCGCUACUUCAGAUGCAGAAUGGAUAUUCGAGUGGAAAUCUGACAAAGCGCGCCAGCUUUGAUGGGAAGCGGUAUAGACAAUGACCAGUGGCUGGGUCAGUGGGAUGUCUCAGUGCAAGCAGGGAAGCUUAUCAAAUGACACUAAAAAUAAGUUCAACAACCAUCAAGUUUGAGGGGGGAAAGGAAAAGGGGUGCAGACGCUCCUAUUUGGUGUACAGGCACGAGCUCGUAGACAGUAGGGGCACUGCCGAAACACGCCACUCUAAUUAUUCCUUUGUUGUCUUCAUUUGAAUUGUAAAAGCCGUGAUUUACUCCUCAGGCCACAAAACAAAAAAGUAUUGAAAUAAAAAAAAAAAAAAAAAAAAGGAAAGAUUUUUUUUGUAUAUUUGAAAAUGUCUGUUAGAUUUUGGACAACAUGUACAAAAAUUGUAUUUCUUUUUUUUUUCUUUUUUUCAUGAACAGUUAUUCAUUCUAAUCACAUUUACAUAGCGUUACACAGCUUUUUAAUAUACUAUCUCAGCAAAUAAAAAUUAGCAGCACAAUUCAGCCUUGGUCUCUGCAGUGCACUGUUGUGGAGAUAUUGAAGGUUUUUUUUUUUUUUUUGCACAUAGCAAUUUAUUUUAUAAAUGUAUUUUUUAUAUAUAUAUAUAAUACUUUUAUUACUGUUUAUAUUUCAAAUGCAUCUUAUAUUUAUGUGUUUUAUAAUCAUCACAAUGAUUGUCGGUUAUUAUUUGUGCACAAAAAUGUACUUUUACCGGAAUUAGUGGCUUAAAAAAAGAGUAUGAAUAGUUCAGCAUGAAGAUUUGUCGGUUUACUGUUAUUAUUAUUGUUGUUAUUAUUAUUAUUAUUAUUAUUAUUAUUAUUAUUAUUAUUAUUAUUAUUAUUUAAAGUUAUUUUAUAUUCAGUUCAAAUCAUUCAUUUCAAAGUGCCAUGCACAGCACAUGGAUAAAAUUAAAUGUUAUCAUGAAUUACAAAAAAUAAAUUAAUAAACAUUUUUUUUUUCAAGAAAAAUGUCAAUUAUUAAAAAAUGCUUUAUUUUUUAGGAAUUCAACAUUCAAAAUGCACUAUUCUGUUAUUACCAUUAUUAUUAUUUUUUUUUUAUGAAAUCUAUUAUGAUGCUGUGAUUUGAAAAAUUUAAUGUGUAAUUUAAUUGGCAAAGAAAAACAAAAGUUUAUAUAUUUUUUAAAAUAAUUUAUUUAAUAAUAAAACACAGGUUCAUGUAGAUCUGCUUCAACUUACAUUAUGGUCCAUUGAUUUCCUUUUUUCAAUAUUCCUGUCAUUCUAAUUCAUAUUCAGUAUUGCUAAUAUUGUUCAUAUGCAUAUUCAAAAAUGUGAAGACUGAGUGAAAAUAAGCGCUGAGUGAUGCCUCAAAGCGUGCAUUCUUUCCAUGUGACUACACAGACACAAGUUUACACAUUGCAACUGUAUUCACAGAUAUAGUACUAUGUUUCACUUGUGCUCAAAUGUCUUGUAUUGACAACAGAUCGCUGUGCAUUCUGAGUGAAAUCCAUUUUAGUGGAGCUUUGCUGCAACAUUUUAUUUGCAUUAUUGUUCUGUCCAUUUGUAUGAAAUAAAUGUAGCUAUAUUUUG